GGACAUUGUGCAGCAGCGUGUCAUGAAUGUAGGGAUCGUUGCGGAGGAGCAUCUACUUUUCCUUUCUUGUUCUUGUUUUUGCUCCCUGAUCUUUUCCUCCACCUUCUUUGAGCCCUCACUCAUCUGUACGAUUCAUUCUCGGGGCCUCUCCAUCGGUGAAAGUCCAUCUCAUUGGCAUUGGCUUGCUAUCUCAACCAACUAUCAGAUACUCGGGGUCCUCACUGCAAGUGCCCGCCGAGAUAAGUCCAGGAUACCCCAACAAGCCCCUAUGGAGUAGAGCUUGAGAAAUUGUGUCAGGGUAACAGCCCUCGUGGCACGUAUCCCGCAGUUCAAGGUAGUGAUAGGCCGUUCUGCGAGGAGAGAUGUAAUGAGGUCAAAGAGGGUAAAUUGAAAAAAAGCAAGGUAGGAAAAGUAGAGGGAUAGUGUUAAUUGCAGCUCAGAGAGCCGCAGGUAGUAGGGGAAUAACGUGCUACGGCGCCGCAGGUGGCAGGAGCAGAGGACUGGG